AAGCAUGUCCUCAGGAUUGUUGAACAGUUGGUAGAGUCCGACCAGCGUGUGAUCAUGCUUAUGCACUCGUACGGCGGUGCAGUAGGCACCGAUGCGGUUGAAGGCUUGUCACUCUCUGUCCGUCAAUCCCAGAAGAGCGGCCAAUCAGUUGGCGGCGUCAUUCAUCUUACUUGUGUGCAUAUAUCCUAG